AUGGCGCGUGGUAUCAUCAAGCACUUGAAGCGCAUGUAUGCGCCCAAGCACUGGAUGCUGGACAAGUUGAGGGGACGAUGGGCGCCCAAGCCCAAUGCUGGUCCUCAUAAGCUCAGGGAGUGCUUGCCUCUCAUCGUGAUGCUGCGACAGAGGCUGAAAUAUGCCCUUACCUACCGUGAGGUGAAGAUGAUUGUCAUGCAGCGUCUGAUCAAGGUAGAUGGGAAGGUGCGAUGCGACAUGUUUUACCCCGCCGGCUUCAUGGAUGUCAUCCAGAUUGAUAAGACCAAGGAGAACUUCCGCCUCCUCUACAACACCAAGGGCAGGUUUGUGCUGCACAAGGUGGCAAAGGAGGAGGCCAACUACAAGCUUUGCCGCGUGAAGCGCGUCACCCGUGGUCCCAAGGGCGUGCCUUACGCCGUGACCCACGACGGCCGCACCUUGCGGUACCCGGAUCCGGACAUCAAGGCCCACGACACCUUGCGGUUGGACCUGGAGACCGGAAAGAUCCUGGACCAUGUGAAGUUUGAGACUGGAAAUCUGGUGAUGAUCAGCGGUGGAAACAACAUUGGCCGAGUGGGCACCAUCACCCACGAGGAGAAGCAUCCAGGGUCCUUCGAGAUGGUGCACAUCAAGGACGUUCUCCAGGUUGGUAAGGCAGACACCGGACCUCAUUUUCAGGACUCAGCCGGACACCAAUUCAACACUCGUUUGGAGAACGUCUUUGUCAUCGGCCAGGGGAACAAGCCUUGGAUCUCUUUGCCCAAGGGCAAUGGCGUGAAGCUCAGCAUCGUGGAGGCCGGAGCAUUUGAGGGUUUGUUGUCGGACGGCCCUUUCUUGGGUGGAGAGGGAAAAGCGGCUUCCCGGGAUUGGGGUCAAAGCGGCAUUUUCUCAGAAGGCGACAUCGACGUGAUUGCCGUGGAUGAAAAAGCAUCAAGUUGCGGCGCCAUUGGGGUGGAGAGAUCUCAGAUUUGGUCCGGCCGCGGAGUCCGCGGCUCCGUUCUGCGGCGCUUGGUGGAAGUCACCAAGGCUAUCCAGCGCUGUGGCCAAGCGCAGCAGUGGUCUCGAGCCCUGUGGCAGUUCUAUGAAGCACAAAGAGAGAUCUCUCUGGACGAGGCGGCUCUUGGGGCCACCGUGCACGCUAUGGCCCAGGCUGCGCAGUGGUCAGUGGCCCUGCACCUGCUCGAGCAAACCUCCCACCGCCGCGGCGGGCGUGCUGCCUCGCAGGGCGCCGGGUUGCUGGCGCUCGCGCGGGCUGUCCAGUGGCAAAGAGCGAUGCAAAUGCUGCAAAAGACCGAGGUCGAGGUGGACAUCGUGAGCAUCAACGUGGUGCUGAAGGCGAUCGCGCAUGGCGCCGUGUGGCGCUGGGCCAUGCAACUUUUGGAGGAUGCGCAGGCGCGCAGGCUUACACCAACAAGAAGUAGCUACAUUUCUGCAUCCUCCGCUUGCCGCAAUGCCUCCCGAUGGGAUUUAGCUCUUGGCUUCUUCACCACGCCCGCGCGAGUUGGGGAAGACACCGCAGGCCAGGCAGAUCCGACCUCCUUGGGAACCACCUUGGCGAGCCAAGAGCGCGCUACUCAAUGGCAGCAGGCUUUGCAGCUCCUUUUUGACCCACGUUUGGCUUCAGCAGUGGAUGCGCAGUCCAUGAGCCUUGUUUUCACUUCUUUGGCCACUUCAGCUCAGUGGCAGCAGGCCUUGCACCUUGCACGGGAUCGACCAUUGGAUCGGAUCGCCCGCAGCAGCCUGCUGCGGGCACACGAACGCGCCAGUCGCUGGCCUCAGGCCUUGUACUUGGCGACCAGUGCCCAGCUGGACCCUGCAUCAUUGGCCCUGGCACAAGACGCUUGCGAGGCCGUGUUGAAGCCAAGUGAUCUAAGCCAUCGCCUCAUGCGAGCGGUCCUCGAUUCAGGAUUUCACCUGGGCGAGCUUUUACCUGCCCUCGACCGCCUGACCCUCUUCCGCUCCUUGCCUGCUCAGCGCUUGGAAUGGCACCUGGAGAGGCGCCUUUGGCACGCGCUGAAAAGAGGCACAUCCCAAGAUUCUUGGCUUUGA